CAGGAGGACAACCAAUGGAUGUCAGAGAGAGUUGAGCGGCGCGUAGAGAUAAACAUGGAGAAAAAUGUGGGGUCACUACAGGAGCAGGCCCUGAAGAGAAAGGAGAGGCUAAAAGCACUGAGGGACAAAAAACUUCAUGGGCGAGAAGAAGAUGGGGAGCCAGAGAAAAAAAAAGCUUCACUAGAGGAGACUACUGAAGAAAGACACAGAGAACUAAAACUGAGGAAUUACACCCCAGAGGAUGAAGAGCUGAAGGAGAGGCAGGUGCCCAAAGCCAAACCUGCAUCAGUGGAGGAUAAAGUAAAAGACCAGUUAGAGGCAGCUAAUCCAGAGCCCAUCAUUGAAGAAGUGGAUUUGGCCAAUCUCGCCCCAAGAAAACCAGACUGGGAUCUAAAGCGCGACGUGGCAAAGAAACUGGAGAAGUUGGAGAGGAGAACACAGAGAGCCAUCGCCGAGCUCAUCCGGGAUCGUCUCAGAGGCAGCGAGGACGAGUUGGCUGGAGCGGUGGGAGCAGUAGGAGUGGAGGAGGGAGACUCAGACUGAACCCAAGAUGUGACAGAUUUAAAAAAAAAAAAAAAAGGAAACUACAGAGGGAAGACCUCGGUUUACUGGGACUGUACUGUCACAUCUGUGUUGUGCUCAAAGAGACGGCUACUUUCAUUGCUGCAGGGAAUAAAGUAAUGUUUUCUGUCAGGACUUCAUAUUCCCAUUGUUAGUCCUGACUUGUAUCAUUGCAUUAUUACAUAUGAAUAUGUAGUAGUACAUUCUCUUUAUGUGGAUUAUUGAGAUGCAUUGUUAAUGUAACCAUCAAUAUUGAGUUGUAAUUUUUUAUAUUUUCAAGUAAAAUAAUGAGAAAUUUUCA